ACUUGACAGACAGACCUUGAGUUUGGAUUUCUUGCGCUAUGGACUCUCGCUUACAACCGAUUAACCGCCACACCUUUGAGCUCUCUGUGAACUGUAUGGUCUGUUAAACCCGGAGAACGUCGUGACUCCCAACGCAGCCCACAGACGCACCGGAGCUGAACAACCAGGGCAAAACAACCGGACUAAAAACCCGGUAGGAGAGCAGGCUACAGUCUGGACUCUCGUUCUGAGGAACGUAUUACCUUGACGAGACUAGUUUCCCUAUAAACAAAAGACGUUGAAUAGACAGAACAUAAGUGAAUCUUUUACGGUGCAGCAGGCUACGACUGUAUGUGAUUUUACUGAGGAUAAUGAGACUUUCUAGGAAGGAGUUGGUAUGGAUUAUUAACCCACUGCUGCUGUGUCUGAGCUGUUCAGGAGGAGGGAUAGCUGAUUAUACAGUUGACAACAGGUGGGCGGGCCAGGAGCUGUUGUCCAAUGGGCUGUGUCAGUACGGGACCAGGGUGGAGUGCUGCUGGGGCUGGAGAAGGGCUUCCUGGGGGCACUGCCAACCUUUGUGCCAACAGGAGUGUCAGCAUGGAGAGUGUGUCGGUCCGGAUAAAUGCACGUGCCAUCCAGGAUACACUGGUAAAACCUGCAAUCAAGAUCUGAAUGAAUGUGGGCUAAAGCCCAGACCAUGUAAACAUCGCUGUAUGAACACACAGGGCAGCUACAAGUGCUACUGUCUAAAUGGAUACAUGCUGCAACCUGAUGGAACCUGCAGGAAUGCCCGUACCUGUGUCAGGGCCAACUGUCAGUACGGCUGUGAGGUUACCAAAGGGGUGGUGAGGUGCCAGUGUCCUUCUCCAGGGUUACGGCUGGGGCCAGACAGACGCACCUGUGUGGAUGUUGAUGAGUGUGUGGCGGGUCGAGGGGUGUGUCCUCGGAACAGGAAGUGUCAGAACACCUUCGGCAGCUAUGUGUGUAAAUGUUACCAUGGUUACAAACUCACCUACAUCAACGGCAGAUACCACUGUAUAGAUAAGGAUUCUCGCUCCUUCUGCUCCCACAACCCUGACUCUCCCAUGUGCCUCUGUAGAGAUGGGAAGGGAACGGACUGCUACCCUGUUGCCAAGGUCACCAUUGUUCCUCCUCAACCUAAAACCACACCCAGAUCUACAACGAGACCUACACCUAAACAAGCAACCAGACAUACAACCAGACAGACAACCAGACAGACAACUACAGUCAGACCUACUACUUCAGCUACGAUAGUGACUACAAACGCAGCAACCACUGCCAUGGCAAUAACUACCAGCGGACCUACCACCACGACAACCAUCGUUAGGACAACCACCGUCUCAACAACCGUUCCCAUGACAACAACCUCUACUCAGCCAUUGACAACCACUAUAACCCCUACUCCAACUACCCUCUCCCCUACCAUCCCCACCCCCAGCCCUCCUCCCUCUACCUCCUCCCCUACCACCCCCAGCCCUCCUCCCUCUACCCCCUCCCCUACCCCUCCUCCCACCAUCCCCCUGGACAACCGCAUUCAGACGGUUGUUACCCAGAGACAAAGAGGAGAUGUUCACAUCCCCCGUCUUCCAGGAAGUGGAAACAGAGGGUUUGACUACGACAUUGAGCUGGGAAACACUACAGAGGACAACAGAGAUGAUCCAGGGGCCGGUGCUCUGAGCUGUUCGUUUGACCACGGUCUGUGUGGCUGGAUCAGAAACCGAGAUGGAGACCUGCACUGGGAGACAGCCAGCAGCCCUGCCGGUGGGCGGUACAUGUCUGUUCCAGAGGUAGAGGCGGGGAAAAGGAGCAUUCAAGGCGCACGAUUGGUCCUCCCCUUAGCCCCGCCCUGGAGCGAGGGUCACUUGUGCUUCUCCUUCCGUCAUUGGCUAUCAGGUCACCAUGUGGGUGUGCUUCAGCUGUUCGUCAGGAGGAAGGGUUUGAGAUAUAGCCCCGCCCUCUGGAGCCGGACGGGGGGAGAAGGGUGGAGACAUACACAGAUCACACUGUGGAGAGCAGGCCUGGAGAGUGUCCUUCUGAAAGGAGAGAGGAGGCGUGGCCACAAAGGACAGAUGGGAUUGGAUGACGUUAGCCUGAGGAGAGGGGCCUGCGGAGAAGAGAGACUCUAACACACACACAGACUCUGGCACUGUGUUGUGAUAGGUCCUUCUGAAAGGAGAGAGGAGGCGUGGCAACAAAGGAGAGAUGGGAUUGGACGAUGGAGACAUUUUGUAACGUCAAGACUCUGGCACUAUAGUCGACUUUACGUAAUACAGUACAACAUUUUGUAACGUCACGGCCAGAGGAACUCUUAGAUCAAAUGUAUUGAUAACUGAUCAAAUAUAUUGAUUUUGUCCACUUGGUAAUUAUUGAUAAUGAUUUGGCUGUAUCAGCUGACUUUAUUAGUAAAGACAAAGAGGUUGGUCAAACCGCAUCUUGGAUAUCUUUGAUGUAUUAUUCUAUUAACAAAUACAGUCUGGGUCUGAGGUACAGUAUGCUACUACCACAGAGCCCAUUCUGAGGUAUGCUACUACCACAGAGCCCAUUCUGAGGUAUACUACUACAACAGA